UCCCAUUCUAUGCUUCCAGGGAAGCGAAAUGGCUCCCGAAAUCGGGGCCGGACCUUGGUGACAUGAUAUCGCCGGAACGUUCAAGUCCCAGAAGCCUCUCGAGGGUAGACUCAAGUGGAGUACAACACUGUAGCACGUGGGCUUUGCGUGUAUAAUAUCUGACCCAAAAGAAGCCUUUCACUCCCCCCAUCUUUUCAAAGAUCUAAAAGCCAUUUUCUCUCAUCAUGUCUGCAUCAACUCCCAGCAGAACCUUCCGCCUUCUCACUGUCAACAAUGUGCCUGAGAGAGCCAAGAAGGUCAUUGGCCAAGUUGUUGAGGAACUCAAGACUCGCUACAGAAUCGAGCAUGUUGGCAAUUGCUUUGAUAAAAGCGAGGUAGCAUCUAAGGUGAAGGAGCUCAAGCCAGACAUUCUUUGCUGCGCUUCUAUGUGGACGGAGGAAGAGAGUACCGAGAUGAGGGAGACAGCGAAAUCCAUCAUCCCUGGAAUCAAGACAUACGCUAUACCUCAGGGGUUGCAGGUCGAGGGUGGACCUCAGGCUGUAGUUGAGCAUUUAAAGGAACAAUUUCCUCUAUUGUUGGAUAGUUGAAACCAGAGUCAUGACGGUACUAUUAUUAGAUGGUCUUUAUGAGGGUUUUCUUUCCAUAAAAAUAACAGCAACAAUUGACAACUUAUUCAAAC